AUGAGCGGACUCCAAGACAAUUACUACCCUGGUGACUACAAGUAUGUCUUGGUGAUGGUCCUGAAUCCCUUGCAUAGUCAACGUAUUCCCAAACAGAGCAUCUCAAUCACUUGGGAGGACCCUGGCCAAGGAACAAGGACAUUCUCCACAAUGAUCAGGUACAUCCAUGUUGAUACUGAUGGUUCUACAAGAGAAUUCACUUUCCCAUUCUCCAACAACUUCGCCACCACGACCCCACCUUGCCAAGACACCCCAUCAGACCCUAAGUAUGCCAAGUAUGGAAGAGUUUGCUAUAGAGGGUACAAUGAUAUGCCGUGGAUGAUUGCUUUUGACUUCAAUGGCCCCAACUUCAUGAACAGCAAGUCCGCACCGAGUAUCAGAGUGGAGGGAAUUCCUGGUCUCCAAUCGGGUGCUCUCAUCUCUUGGACUACUGGCGAGGCGAUUCUCAUCGGAUCCAAUGGACUCCUUCUAAUGUCCGAGCCCAACUCUGCCACCACUUAUGCCCAGUAUGAAAGGUCUAUCUCAGGAAGAGGUCGAGAAUUGGAAGACGAUUGCUCUGACAGUUCAUGCACUAAUCGAACUGACGCUGGCUCCUUCAGGUUUUUUGUGGGCGGGUCCCCAGCGAAUGGGCAAUACAUCAACCACGACGAAACCCAUGACUAUUACUGGUACAACCGUCUUUCUUUCCAGAACAAGAAUCCAAGCCCAAUGUCCAAUGUGGCUUCCUUCAGUUUGGAUCACACCAAUCUCCCAGAUGUCCCUUCCAGCACUCAGAUUCGGGUCGACUGGGUCAUAGUCAUGUCUCCCUUCGAAGCGAACCAAAGGUUUUGGAAACUCAACGCCACAACUUUCAACAUCAUGACGGACUACCAAGACUUCAAAGGGAAUGUUCUCGCUGAGUAUCAAGGGAGUAGUUGA